UACAAAUGCAGGCCAUUUACCAUUUAACUCUUUAACUGUGGGUGUUGUGCUUGUGUCUGCAGUUUGCAGGAGAAAACAAUGAGAUCCACAGACACCUUGGACUCUGGUUUCGAACUGGAUCAUACCACAGCAGAAACAGAUCAGGAGGACGUGAUGGAGUCUCCAACAAGCUUCAUGCCUGCAGUUCAAACCAAGUCUGCACGAAUCUGUUACAGUUUCAGGUGUCCUAGUCCAGGUGUGUUCCUGUGUACUCUGACUGGAGUCAUGUUUAAUAUAAGUCAGGAAGCAGAGCUGCUGUACAGGAUUGUCCAAUGGGAUGAGGACCUCCUCCAUCCAGGCAAUAUAAUAGCUGCAAGCCCGCUUUUCAAUAUUGAGAGUUCAAAGGAUGCAAUCCGUCAGCUUCACCUCCCACACUGUGAACCACAGGAAGCUCUGCUUUCCGACUGUCUGUCUGUAGUCCACAUCUCUGCUGGUAAAAUGCAGGUCCUCAAGCCUCGAAAGAUCACAGACACUCACGUGAUCGUGGAAGUUACUCACCUCUCUUCCUUUGGCCUCGUCUGGAACAUAACGAGGUUUUGGAACAAGGAGAAACCAGUUUCGGGUCAGGUUUUGCUGUUCCUUGAACCAAUAAACUUUAGAACACAGAGACAAAACCUCAAUGUGCUUCUCCUGACAAGCAACAUCCCAGUGGAAGAGGUCAGGGUGAAAUACAGAGAUGCUAACUUCAUCCAAGCGCCUUCCAAAUGUAAACUCAUCAAAGAUCACAGAUACACUGUUCUCUGUCCAGUUGCCUAUAAAGUCCAGCCUCCAGAAGAAGAUUUUGACCUGGACUUUGGAACAAACUACCCUCCAACAUUUCAGAUCCGCCUUCCUGCAGACACUGAAGAAGUCACAAUAACAAUCCAAGGCCAAACAAACACAGAUGUCUGGAAAUGCACUAUUGAUCUACCAGAAAGAACACGCAGUCAGUCAACUCCCCAGAUCCUCCCACCAGACAAGCAUCUGUUUGCAGUUCGGAAGCAGUUUGUGGAUCAAGUGUCAGAUUCGACUGUGAACCAGCUGCUGGACAGCCUGCUCCAACAGGGAAUUAUAAAUAAGGAAGAAAUGGAUUCAGCCAGAAUCAAACCCAGAGCUGACCGAGCUCGAGAUGUGAUAGAUGUGGUGCGAAACAAAGGAGAAGAAGCCAGCUCAUCCCUGAUUGAUGGCCUCCGUGAGUUGGAUCCAUACCUUUCUGAAACCCUGCACCUGAGCUAAGAUGAGCUGCGACUGUUCUUUAAUGAAGUUAUUGUAAAGCUGUACUGCUGUCUGCGUUUGGUAAAUUUAAAAUGAAGGCCUAAUUUUUGUUGUUUGUUUCUUGGUUUUGUAUAUUUUUGUCAUCUGUUUUCCUUGUGAGCGUGCUCAGAGAGAUAAUAAAUCAGAGCUCUAAUUAUUCAGUUGUCUGUCUCUGAUAUAUUUUUAUGGUUUCUUUUUGUUGUUUUUUCCUGAACCUGAAAUAAAACCACUACCAUCAUCAGUGUGUGACCUCAAACCAUCAGGCACCUCAGAAUGAGAUGCCAUUGAGGCUAACGGAUGUGAUUGGUCGGUGACCGUCACAUAGGUGUGGACU